AUGCUCGACUCCGUAAUCCCUUUUUUUUUUCCAACCUUCCCUUUCCUUCUCCCGCUCUCUCCCUCUUUCUCGCUCCUUCCCUCUUGCACUCAAAUAUGCUUCAAGGCGGUCAAGUCGGUUGGAGUGACGUCCAUCGCAGUGCGAGGCAAGGAUUCAGUGUGCUUCGUGACUCAAAAGAAGGUCCCUGACAAGCUGAUAGACGAGACCAGCGUCACGAACCUGUAUCCAGUCACCAAAGGCAUUGGCAUGCUGGCGACAGGCCUCACAGCCGACGCGAGAUCGUUGGUGCUGAGGGCCCGCCACGAGGCGGCGGAGUUCCGGUUCAAGCUGGGAUAUGACGUGCCUGUGGACUACCUGGCUAGAAGCACCAUCUGUGGGUUCAAGCUGGGGUACGACGUGCCUGUGGACUACCUGGCUAGAAGGUGUGUUGAGGGGUGCUCAGUGGUGCUGUGUGGUAUGGUAUGGGGGUGGGGUAGAAGAAGGUAUUGUAGCAUGAGUGACGAGGCGGCAGAGUUCCGGUUCAAGCUGGGGUACGACGUGCCUGUGGACGACCUGGCUAGAAGAUUGGCGGACAUGGCUCAGGUGUACACGCAGCAGGCAUACAUGCGACCUCUGGGCGUGGCCACCAUGCUGAUCGGCAUUGACGAUGAGUUUGGCCCCAUGCUGUACAAGUGUGAUCCAGCUGGCUACUACGUCGGUUACAAGGCCACAGGGGCAGGAGCCAAGGAGCAGGAGGCGAUAAACUUUCUGGAGAAGAAGCUAAAGGACGGGAAGCACCAGAACCUGACAGCAGAUGAGGCAGUGCAGGUGAGCGCAGAACCCCGCAGUACCGCACUGUACCACAUCUCACCACGUUUCACCGCACUGUAUCUCGUUAUACCCUGUGCUGUGGCACCAAUAAGCACUUUGGAGAAGAAGCUAAAGGACGGGAAGCACCAGAACCUCACAUCAGACGAGGCGGUGCAGUUGGCCAUUUCAGCGCUGCAAGGUGUGCUGUCAGAAGACAUGAAGGCGACCGAGAUCGAGGUGAGGGGGGGUGACGAGGGGUGA